AUGUUGCGUCUAUUAGUAGCCUUGGCGGUAGGCUUAUACGCUUCUUCUGAAGCCAAGAUGGUGAAUGUAUGUAGCGAUCUUAAGACGUGUGAAGAAUGCACACAAUCAUACGUACACAUCUUCUCGUUUAGGGAAAAUUGCCGGUGAGUAGCUCAACUUUAGGUUAUGUUAUUGUAAGAUCUUCCUUUUUACCUGAAAUAUAUUCAAUCAAUAAUGUCAAAAGCUAGAUAUUAAAUGACACUUUUAGAUGGUGUUAUCAAACCUCAUCGUGUGGUACUCCAAUUGCUUGUCCAUCAGGUUCAGCGACUGCUCAACGUGAUGUCUUUAAAUGUCCAACAAAGGCUGACAAAGCGAAAGGAAGAAGAUAUACUGACAAGCUUGGCAGAAGUCUGUUCUCUCUCAAUUUGGCCGUAAAAGACAAAGCUAACGUCACCGACUGUUUGAAGACGGUUAGACCCGAUGUUAAGUAAGUAGACAGAAUAUUUUUUCAAAUUUAAAUUACAAAAGAAACGACAUACGUUUGUGUAAUACUACUUAUGGUUAGACUUGGCUUUUGGGGUGGUUUAAAGGACAAAAGCUGAUGAAUAGAUCUUAAAAAUUUUUGAGAGUCAGGCUUACCUACAGCGAAUAUUAGCUAAAAUUCUCUAAAAAAUAUGUUGUACUUUUUAAUUAAAAUACGAUUUAGAGUUCACAAGUACUAUGAAGUAGAAUGUGACCAAGUACAUUCAACUUGUGGUGGUAUGUUGGCUGUGUCAGAAGAAGCCAAAGCUUUGUACGUUGUCUACAGAAGCGGCGCCAUUGAUAAGCAAUUGUUCCAAGUGAGAUUUUAUAGGUUUAUUAAUUGAAAAUUUUAUCACAAACUGUCGUAUUUUAAAGUAAACAAAAAAAUUUGCAAAAUCUGAAUUUUCAGGAAGUUGUUCACGGUGUAGCAGCUCAACUCGGAGCCUGGGAGAAGUUUGUGAACGGAUCCGGAGUGAUGACCUACUUCCACGGAGCCUUCAAGAAGUUGUUCUUGGAGACCGGUGUGAAGGAUGAUUUGAUCAAGCUGAAGGAACAACACAAAGACUACAGAGUUUGGGUCACUGGACAUUCGUUGGGAGGAUCAUUGGCUUCAAUGACAGCUUUGUACUUGGUCAACCAGACCAUCUUCCCUACAGAAAAAGUGAAAUUGGUCACUUUUGGAGAACCACGUACUGGAAACUAUCUGUUCGCCAAAGCCAUCGAGAGAAACUUGAACUUUAGAUACCGUGUGGUGCACAGGAAUGAUGCUGUUAGUUUUUGUAUGAUAGAGUGGAUCUCACCUGAUGAAAAGAUGACGUUUUUGGUCAUUUUCGUAAUCAACCUUGUUUUAAAAAUUAUUUUUAAUAAAUUUGUUUUAGGUAACAAACAUCCCAGCCUCAAUGGACCCAGACAAUCUUCUACUGUCUGUAGCCGCGGCCGAACGUCAGCCCUACUUCUACCGCUUCGCCGUCCAUUAUGACAACGAAAUGGACAGAGAAGACAAGUUCGAUAUGUGUGAGUUGCCAGAAGACCAUCACUGUCGUAACUUGGCUAUGGCUGCUGACAUUAACGAUCACAUGACAUACUUUAAUGUAAAAGCUGACGACUUCAUCAAGGCUGGUUGUCCACGAAGCAUGAUAUUGUAG